AUGCCUCGCAAUAGAACAAUCCUCCUCCUUCUCUUUUUCAUAUUCGCCUUCUGCCUCUCAAGCAAUGGCGUCCACGCAUUCGGCGCGGGUAACAUCCCUUCUUUUGCAUACAUGGAGGGAAGGGCCUUUCGCCACGGCGACAUUGAAGAUAUUCUUUCAACUCUAGCCAAGAAGGGUGCUGGCGGCGGGUUCGUGCUCGCCAGUAUGCUAGGGGGCGGGGGAAGCAAAUUCAACGGCCUCGAUAUCAAGCGCAUUUACUUUGGAAAUUGGUUGCGCGACUACAGUCAGGCGGUCGAUAUUGCUUCGCUCAAGAAGCUUCAGUUGCAGACGAUUAUCAACCUUUGCAUGGUCCUUGGCUUUAUGGCACACGGCUAUGCUACCCAUGAGUUUGAGGUUACUGCUGAGCGUCUAGGUGUCUACCUUCCUACCGAGCACAUCGACAAUCCCAAAGGCUACGGAGCAGGCGAGGAUCCACGGCAGUAUCACCCACAGCUUCGUCCCCCAGUUGAUGUAUGCCUGUCUUCUGUGACUCCUGUAAAAAUGUCUCAUUUUUCCCGCCAGCCGAGAGAAUUAGAGAUCGACCCCCGCACCGGAAUGAAGAAUUAUAUAGCAAAUGAACAAGGCCAUUGGGACACGUCAAAAGCUCUUGUACGACGCACAUUGGAGAGAUGCAUUCAUCAUGGAAGACAGCAUCGUGCCAAUGGGGACAAAAAGGACGAGUACGAAGCAUAUAGGCUUCUAGGUCAACUCUUACACACCUUGGAAGAUUUUCCUGCACAUUCCAAUUUUUGUGAGCUUGCUCUGGUAUCUUUAGGUCACCAACAAGUAUUUGUGCAUGUGGGCGAUCAGGUUCGCAUACACGCACCUAACGGCAAGACGGUUGCCCCGAUUGUCACCGGUUCAUUUGGAUCCAGUGAUUUUAUCUACUCGUUGCUUGGAGAGGCUGGUGACCACCUUGCGUCAGUUUCCGAUCUCAACAAGGAGCUCGAUAAAGCUCGUGCCAAAUCGCAGACCCAAUCCCGCUCAGGACCUGGUGGUGCUCCCGCUGACCCCGCAGAUGUGCUUCGCGAUCUUUUGUUCUCCCUUCCUGGGGGUGCAGAUAGCGAGAUGAGCAGAGAUCUGGAUAACAUCAACAGAAUCAGAGCUGGCCCAUCCCAAGGAGGGAAGAGGCCGGAAGAAAUGAGCCCGCAAGAGUUGCAUGGCGUCCUGUGGCAAGUCUUGACGUUUAGGGACUCUGUGGUGAAGAAGAUAGCCAAAACCAUUCAAAUGAUUCCAGGACUUGGUCCGUUGAUUCAGAAAAUCACAGACUCUAUCAAUGUCUUCGUUUUGACAACUCUGGAGCCCUUCUUGAAGCCCAUCCUCAAGUCUGCAACUGGUGGACUGUCAGCCGCCUCUGGUGAAGUCAUCAAUAACCACGAUCAAUACGAGGUUUUCAAUGAUUCACGAGUUUCCGAUCCCACCCAUUCUUUCCUGAGUAAAGAUCAUUUCAACUUGAUCCUCAACGAGCCUGCAGGCCACCUUGCGAGGAUCAUUGUUGUUCAUGCUGCGGGUCUAGUCAUUAAAUCUUGGGACGAUAAUUCAGUAAAUGUCCAUCAAAUCUCUGAGGAGAUCCUUCAGUGCUUGUUCCACCCGGACUUCCAUGACAAAAAUUCCAAAGUUCAACGGGAGAUGAUGCAGUAUAUGGCCGACUGGGUAAGCAAACUUGGUGGCAAGCAACAUGCGACAUUGCAACGGCUGAGCAAGCAAGCCGUCCGCAAUCAUGAGAAUAUCCGACUCGCUGGAGAUGGUGGGGCUCCAGCCUCUCAAGGGUCGUUUGCAGAUAGCCAAGCACACAACGUUCAGCAUGCUUUGGCGGGCUAUGCGCAGAGUCACAUCCCAGGUUUUUCGCAGGCGCAGUCUGUAUAUGGGUCAAGAGAUGGGCCUGGAGGUGCGGGUGAAGCAGCAUCGUACUACAGCAACAACAAUCCCAAGGCUCCUGGUCCCGUAGGAUCAUCUUACGCGCCACCCCCUGGAGGGUCGUCUUACACUCCUCCCGCCCCCCAUGGCGGCGGCACAUCAUCUUAUGCAUCUGGACGCCCCACAAGCCCACCAACCUCGUCGUAUGCGCCCCCUCCUGGCCCACCACCUCCCCAUGGUCCUCAUUCGUCCUACUCGUCUGGACCUUCUGGUUAUUCUGGAGGGGGCGCUUCGUCUUAUGCGCCUCCAUCUGGACCACCGCCCUCUUCCUACGUGGCGCCUACAGGACCACCGCGAACAUCCUCUUACCCUUACCCAGGUUCUCCCACACAGUCUGGAUAUACACCAGCCUACGCUCCAGUAUCGGGACAUUCAUCCCCUCCACCGUCGUUCCCUGGCGCUGCACCGUCAUUCCCUGGUGCUGCACCAUCGUUCCCAGGCGCUGCACCCUCUUUCCCUGGCGGACCUGAUCACGAUCACGGGCAUCAUGGACACGGACACGGACAUGGCGGGUACACUGGCGGCGGAUACGCACCACCUUCUGGGCCUCCCCCUCAUGGGGGCGCUCCUGGGUACCCUGGUGCUAGUGGUGGAUACGGUCCUCCAUCCACUGGGUCUCCAUUUGGUUUCCCUGAUGCCGAUCAGUAUCCUGGCUCCUCGCCUCCACAGUUCCCAAAUGCUGGACCAAGAUUCCCUCAGGGUGGUGGUGGAUGGUGA